AGCGAGUUUUUUAGCAGCUUCGCCAGGGUCCAGAGUGCUUGUCGUACAAUGGCGCUGGCAGCUUGCAGGUUGGCCGCGCGACCUAUCCGCCGCACCAGCUGUUCCAAGGCUGCAGAGUUGGCGGUCUUCUCGCGCCAUCGCUGGGUGAGCGUGGACCUCGGGGUCUCCGCGGCGGCGAGCGCGGCCGAUGCCACCUGCGUCGCAUCGCUGGCCGUAGCCAACGGUGCCCAUUGGGCCACUCCGCUGGGAGCGUUUGCCAAGGCCGCUGCCGCGGCGGCGUGCUCGGCGUGGGUCAUGCGCGAGGACCUCGUGGUUGCCGUGGGCCCGACGGCGACGUGCCGCGUCUGCCCCCAGUAUGGCGCUGUGCUGCCCGCGGCCGGCGUCCGCGGGGCGGUGGCGCGCACUGCCUGAGCGGCCUCGUGCGGCACCCGCGACGGAGCGACGUCGUCUCGGGGGCGACGCCCGCCGUGGGCGGUGAGCGAGGUGUGGCGGCGUGCUGCCCGCGGCUGGCCUCCACGGAGCGGCGGCUGGCGGGCGCGCUCUGUCGCCAGGGGGCCCGAAGUUUCAAGCGGUGGCGAGGCGUCCUGGCUUACCUAUAGGCCAACCAAAGAAUGUUGUGCACGCAAGGCCGCAGGUUGUGCGUGAGGCACAAGUUGAAAGAGCGACGGCCGACGAACUGCUUGCAGUUCCCUGGGCCUUGGGGGGCGCGUGCUGGUGGAGGGUCUCGGCGAGAGCUGGCGGAACCCCCCCCCUCCCUCCGCCCCCUUGUGCGCACAUAGUGCUGGUGCACACGCUCGUGCCCCGUGUCGCCCAUGGUCGUUGCUUUGAUGCAACUUCUAUUAGUGCGGCUCCUUACAUCCCGUUCGCUAAGACGGGGGCGGCGGGCUGGCCGCGCCGCGCUUCCCUCGCUGGAGCUUCAGCCAGCCCGUUCGCCCACGGCCCGAAUGUGCCGUUUUGCGAGAGGGCUGGCUCGCUGCUUGGGGCUCGGCCCCGACGCCAGCUUUUUGUUUUUUGUCCCCGAGCGGGGGGAACGCGUACGGUAUCGGUGCUUUGUCGUUUCCCCGAAGACGCGGUUACUUAGCCGCGGGACCGUUGCUGCGCGGUCCCACGUGGCCUGUGCGUGCCUGGCACAGGCGAGGCCAGUCUAUCCGCCCAUGGUCGCUGUGAUCGGGCUGCCGAUGACGGUGUCGAUGAUGAGGAC